AUGGCGUUAGGGGCCUCCGGCCUUCUGCUCCUCGUCCUGUGUGCCGGAUCAGAUUGCUGGAGGCAAGACGCCAAGGAUCCUCUGUCUUCCGUGGGCUUGAGUGUCCGGUGCCGGGGCCUAUGGAGUGAGUGCAUAUUUGAUAACGUAGCCAACUUCUGGACAUGUGAUAUUCCUAUCUCCUAUCUCAGUGAACACCCCGCUGUCUUGGUGGUCACCCGGGUCUUGGUCAUCCUGUCCGGCUUCCUGACUCUUGCCGCCCUCCCCCCUUUCAUUGCCGGGAUGAAAUGCACCAACCUGAUCCGUGACAAAGUCCCUCGGAAAUACAAGUUUUCCCUUGCUGCUGGGAGUUUGUUCCUCCUAGGAGGUACAGCUGGUGCAGUGGCUGUCCUUUGGUAUGGCAUCGACACUGUGCAGAAGUAUAAACUAGAGGUCACCUUUAGCAUUCCUGGUGUGACGUACGAACUCGGCUAUGCCUACUGGAUGGCUGCAGGGGGCACUGCUUGCGCCUGUUCUGCCGGGAUUCUGCUGAUUGUCGCCAGCUGUCUCAAUGCCGAGAGUCCAGGAAAGGAUCAGAGCCCUCGGCGGCACUGCCCUCCUGAUUUCAAAGGCACAUACCUGUGA